CCGAUGUCCAUAUCGGUUUGGUGUCGAUGGAUAACCGCGGCUCUUUCUUCUUCCUCUUGAUCGUCUUUUAUCUUCUUCUCAGCUCACAGAGCCGGCCUCCACUAGUCGAUCAGAGCCGGGAACAUCAGCGAGAGGUUGAUGGGGAACGAAAUGCGCUUCGCCGUCUAAAUGAGUCGAAAUAUGGGGAUCUCAACCCCCAGGCUGGCCGAUGGCUUCCCUUUGCGGGUGUAAGGGAAAACGAUAGCUAUGCAUGGGAUCUCCUGCCGCAAGCUCAGGAUAUGGCGCGUCAUCAGAUCCAAUCUGUCAUCUCGAAUUCUGGACUGGAACCAUCCACGAAUUUAGCUCCCAAUCUAACCCAGAUGCUCCUCCCCGUCUAUCGCAAUGUGACGGGAAAGCUACGCGGUGACUGGGUGCGGCAUAAGCAGGACAGAGCUCCCCCUCAACUUAAUAUGACGGCGAUUGCUCUGGAAAACGAAUAUUUCACCCACGAAUUCAGUUCAAAUGUUACCGGCAAUAGUGGCACUUUCUACCUGGAUUUAAGGGAAGGUGGGGGUGAAGAGCUCCGUUUAGGUGACGGUCAGAUUCGGGAGAUCAGGGCAAGCUUAGCCGUUGAAAGUGAUGACUUUUGGGGGAACACAUGGUAUCUCAGCUUGGUCGGUCUUCAUUUCCCGGAGACCGGGGGAAUUAUUCUUAGUACGACGAGUGAGAAAUUCGAGGGAUUGUUUUCAUUGCCUCAUUUCGCGCUUUCACAAGAUUCCUACGAACUGGCCCACCAGCUUCUAAUCAAGUCACUUUCCGAUACAAUGUCUGAAAAGAGCCAUCAGCCCACACUUUUCCCAUGGUCUUCAAUCAUUGGAACCGAGCAAGUCGAAUUCCCCGCUCCAAAAUGCGAGCACAUCGUUUAUCUACAACAGCAUCCAGUAGCAAUCAAUGACUAUUUGGCCGACCCACCUGUCAUUGAGGAGAUUGAGAAGGAACUCAGGUACCCCAUAGGAGCACCAAUCCCACCACCUCCACCUACGGUCAUGUCGGCAGUGGUGUUUUCUCCUGAUUGUGGGUAUAUCCUGGAGACAAAGAGCACUCCUGAUUAUCCGCCUUCCGAAACGUUAUAUCUGUCGGGUCCAAAGCUGGAGGAACUUGCCAAAUAUUCUGCUCGCCUGGUUCUUAUGGUUUGCUGUAUUUUUGUGACGCAAAUAACACUGCUCUUGCGCCAAAUUAAAGAAGCCUCCACACCCUCUACGAGGAGUCGCGUCAGCUUCUAUACAAUUGCCAUAAUGGCAUUUGGAGAUGCGUUUGUGCUUGUCUUCAUUCUCCUAGAACUUUACCCAGCAGUGUCUUUCCUUCUUAUGUCGACUGUCUCAUUCCUCACUUUUCUUUCAGUCAGCUAUAUUGGAAUGAAGUUUAUGAUGGAAAUAUGGGCAGUCCAAGAACCUGAGCGGCAAGACCGUCGCCCCAGCCCGCCAAUUUCGAUUGCACGUCCGACAACGCUGCCUUUACCUGCGACUGCGGCAAGACCAGGAGACACUGGCGCACCGCCUGUCAUUCUAACUCCUGAUCAAGACCCCCCUGAUGACGAAAACGAGACACCUGCAAACCAGGCUACUGCACCGGCUGUUAGAGACCCUCGCGGUGAUGUCGGAGCCAUGUAUGCGCGAUUCUAUUUCAUUCUAUUUGUCAUGCUUAUUGUCACGAUCUGGUCUUUUAUCUGGCCAAACCGUCUAAAAACAUUGUACGCUCGGUGUCUCGGGUUUAUCUACCUUUCAUUUUGGUCACCACAGAUCUACCGCAACGUCAUCCGGAAUUGCCGCAAAGCCCUGCGGUGGGAUUUCAUGGUCGGUCAGAGUAUAGUUCGGUUGUUCCCGUUCGUGUACCUCCUGACUGUACGUGGCAAUGUACUCUUUAUUCGCCCUGACUCGACAACCGCUUUCGUUAUGGCAGCCUGGGUUUGGAUCCAAGUCUGGAUCUUGGCUAGCCAAGACAUCCUUGGCCCGCGCUUCUUCGUCCCUCGAGGCUGGGCGCCACCGGCUUAUGAUUAUCAUCCUAUCCUGCGCGAGAAUGCUGGGACAGAUGAGGAUCUUGAGUCUGGCGGCAUGUUGCCCAUUGGGGCUCUCCGGGCUGAUGAAAGAGAUGUUGCCAGCGAGAGCAAAGAACAGGAUAAACAUCGACCCAAGGACAAGAAAAAGGCCGUUUUUGAUUGUGCGAUUUGCAUGCAAGAGAUGGAGGUCCCCAUCCUCGCGGCACUGGGCGCGGCUGGGGGCAGUAGCGUGGCUGAUGGGGCCUCGAGCAUCCUAAGUCGUCGUACAUACAUGGUCACUCCUUGUCGGCAUAUAUUCCACAGCACCUGUCUUGAAAGCUGGAUGAGGCUGCGAUUGCAGUGUCCUAUCUGUCGUGAAUCUAUCCCUCCUGUAUAGAGCAUGAAGAUAAAUAUGUAAUGCUAGUGCAGUUAUGCAUGAAAUGAUAAAUACUGUUGCCCUCUAUACCGGGGAAUG